AUGCCGGUCCGCAGGGGCCACGUCGCGCCCCAGAACACCUAUCUGGACACCAUCAUCCGGAAAUUCGAGGGGCAGAGUCGCAAGUUUCUGAUCGCCAACGCCCAGAUGGAGAACUGCGCCAUCAUCUACUGCAACGACGGCUUCUGCGAGCUCUUCGGUUACUCGCGGGUGGAGGUGAUGCAGAGGCCGUGCCCCUGCGACUUCCUCACGGGGCCGGACACCGCCCACAGUGCCAUCUCCCGCCUUGCCCAAGCCCUGCUGGGUGCUGAGGAGUGCAGGCUGGAGAUCCUUUACUACCGCAAGGAUGCCUCCUGUUUCCGCUGCCUGGUGGACGUGGUGCCCGUGAAGAACGAGGACGGAGCCGUCAUCAUGUUCAUCCUCAACUUCGAGGAUCUGGCCCAGCUCCUCGCCAAGCCUAGCAACCGCACUCUGUCCCGGAGCCUGUUGAUGCCAAGCUUCCUGAGAUCCGGCUCCCAGGGCAAGGUGGGCGGACAGGCCUUGGGGCCGGACGCCCACUCGGUCAAAUACCGCACCAUCAGCCAGAUCCCCCAGUUCACGCUCAACUUCGUCGAGUUCAACCUGGAGAAGCACCGCUCGGGCUCCACCGCGGAGAUCGAGAUCAUCGCCCCUCACAAAGUCGUGGAGCGCACGCAGAACGUCACGGAGAAGGUCACCCAGGUCCUGUCUCUGGGGGCCGACGUCCUGCCCGAGUACAAGCUGCAGGCCCCCCGCAUCCACCGCUGGACCAUCCUGCACUACAGCCCCUUCAAGGCCGUGUGGGAUUGGCUCAUCCUCCUGCUGGUCAUCUACACGGCCGUCUUCACGCCCUACUCGGCCGCCUUCCUGCUGAACGACCAGGAGGAGUCACGGCGCAGGGACUGUAGCUACGCCUGCAACCCUCUGACGGUGGUGGACCUGAUCGUGGACAUCAUGUUCAUCGUGGACAUCGUCAUCAACUUCCGCACCACCUACGUCAACACCAACGACGAGGUGGUCAGCCACCCGGCCAAGAUCGCCGUGCAUUACUUCAAAGGCUGGUUCCUCAUCGACUUGGUGGCCGCCAUUCCCUUUGACCUGCUCAUCUUCCGCACGGGCUCGGACGAGACCACCACCCUGAUCGGGCUACUGAAGACCGCGCGGCUACUGCGGUUGGUGAGGGUGGCCCGAAAGCUGGACCGCUACUCCGAGUACGGGGCGGCCGUGCUCUUCCUGCUCAUGUGCACGUUCGCGCUCAUCGCCCACUGGCUGGCCUGCAUCUGGUACGCCAUCGGCAACGUGGAGCGGCCCUACAUGGAGCACAAGAUCGGCUGGUUGGACAACCUGGGGGACCAGAUCGGCAAACGCUACAACGACAGCGACCUCAACUCCGGCCCCUCCAUCGAGGACAAGUACGUCACCGCCCUCUACUUCACUUUCAGCAGCCUGACCAGCGUCGGCUUCGGCAACGUGUCGCCCAACACCAACUCCGAGAAGAUCUUCUCCAUCUGCGUCAUGCUCAUCGGCUCCCUGAUGUACGCCAGCAUCUUUGGCAACGUGUCGGCCAUCAUCCAGCGGCUCUACUCAGGCACGGCCCGCUACCACGCCCAGAUGCUCAGGGUCAAAGAGUUCAUCCGCUUCCACCAGAUCGCCAACCCCCUGCGGCAGCGGCUGGAGGACUAUUUCCAACACGCCUGGUCUUACACCAACGGCAUUGACAUGAACGCGGUGCUGAAGGGGUUCCCGGAGUGCCUGCAGGCCGACAUCUGCCUCCACCUGAACCGCACUCUGCUGCAGCACUGCAAGGCCUUCCACGGGGCCAGCAAGGGCUGCCUGCGGGCUCUGGCCAUGAAGUUCAAGACCACCCACGCACCCCCGGGAGACACCCUGGUGCACUACGGAGACGUCCUCACCACCCUCUACUUCAUCGCCCGUGGCUCCAUCGAGAUCCUGCGCGAGGACAUCGUGGUGGCCAUCCUAGGAAAGAACGACAUCUUCGGCGAGGCCGUCAGCCCGUACGCCCGGCCGGGCAAGUCCAACGCCGACGUGCGGGCCCUCACCUACUGUGACCUGCACAGGAUCCAACGCGAUGACCUCCUUGAGGUUCUGGACACGUACCCAGCCUUCUCCGACAGCUUCUGGAGCAACCUGGAGCUCACUUUUGACCUGCGGGACGUAGACAGCCUCUCCCAGUCCCCGCUGCCACCCCCGCGGUCGCCACCACACACCCUGGACUACGAGGACCUGUAUGGCCAAGCUCGCCGCCGCCGCCACCGCUCCCUCCACAAACUCGGCAAGGCCGAGGUGGACGGUGCAGCGGCGGUGGCGGAGAGCUCAGACACUGACCACGACCCCCCGUAUUCGGCCCUGAGCCGGCCCCCCGGGGAGGUGGGCAGCAUCUCCACCAUCAGCUCCCGGAGUGGAAGGAUGCCACCCCGCUCCCAGGACGACAUCUCUCCGGCCGGCCUCAGCCUCAGCAGUCCCAGCAGCGAGGCCCCGGCGCGGGCCAGGGGCAGCGGGCAGGUGUACCCAGGUGGGCCGAGCGUGUCUGGGCUAUGGGGUGAGCGCCACCCUGCCCCCUGCUCCCAGCCCCUGCGGCUCGGGGCCCUGGAUGCCCACAGGGGCCCAGUCUACCGGCCUGGGGACCUGGGCUCCAGGUUGGAGAUGCUCCAGACCCAGCUGACCAGGCUGGAGUCUCGGAUGUCGGCGGACCUGGGCGCCAUCCUGCAGCUUGUCCGACGGCGGCCGUCCCAAGUGGCCCCAGCCUCCAGCCCCACCUCUCCCGUCUCCGACUCUCUGGCCACGUUCCCCACCGGCCCCCCGGGCCCGGAGGCCCCCGGGCUGCCCGCAGUUGAACAUGAAGGGGACUCCAGGCAUCCUGAGCAGACCCCGAGCUACGGAGACCGGGAAAAGCCCAGCCAGAAGUGCGGGGACUCCGUGUCCGGCGGGAUCCACUUCCCGGCGGCAUCUGAUGAAACGCUGACCCUCUCUGAGCGAGAGCAAGCCUGCCCGCUCCUGGCCCGUCUGGCCUCCCUUCCCAGGCCGCAGAACCGUCAGGAUCCCACCUGGAUCUCCCGCUUCCCCUCCGUCCCGGACCACCUGGGGACCCCGUCCGAGCGGCCGGACUCUCAGAGAUCCCGCUCGGAACCAGUUUUCCCGGGAAGUUAG